AUGAAUCAAUCCUUUCCUUCCUCUCUUCAUGCCUAUCAACAACUUGCUCUCAAUAAUCCCUAUUCUUCUGCAGAAAAUAAUAUUCAAUUAUUAAUGUCGGAAGGAUGGACGGAGAGUUCUAGAAUUGGGAACUUUAAUGACAAUUUUUCUUCGACUUGUUCAACAUGUUCUUCUGCUGCGUUGAUGCGAAGCAAACUUAAUCAUAAACCAAAUCGAAAGGGAAUUGUGUUGAAAAGUAGAGCAAAUAGUUCAGUGUUGACAUCAACUUUAAGAAAUGCUCCACAUUCAAGAGGACAUAUUCAAGAUAGUCUCCAGACGAGAAGAAUUUCAUCAUCCUUGUCGUCCGGAUUAGUCACCAGUCUUCAGAAUGCUGAUGGAUCGGACGGGUUGAUGUCAGCUGUCAACUACAAUAUUCAACAUCCACAACCUCAUACUCCAGCUUCACAUGUAAGCAAAACCAAAGUAUUAUUCCCAACGAAACACAUUUCAAAAUGGUCACAAGUUGUGAAUGGUGGGACGUUUGUGCAUUCCAUUUCGAAUUUACUUGAAAAAUCAAAUCACAAAUUACAAAUUAAGGAAUUAUCACCUUCGGGUCAAAUUCAUUUUGUCAACAUGAUGAAUCGAGAUGUGAAUUUAAUGCAAACUAUUGAAUUAUAUACCUCCUUAACACCUCACAAGUUCACACUUGCUUAUCGAUUGAAGUUUAAUAUGCAGAACGGAAUUUUCACAAUGAGCAGUCAACCAGACUCACAAAUUUUGCAACAAGGCGAUGUAAAUAAUCAAACAACGAGACACGGAUGGGCGCUAUUUCAAAUUUCUAGAGAGAAGGGAUCUGAGAAUUUAAUGUUCCCUAAUAAAAUUAUUGAAGUAGCCAUUUUGCUGUAA